AUGAGUUUUGGUUGGUCAGGUGGAUCAGUGGUGAAAGCCGGUGAGGGGUUCAGCGAUGUCUCCGGUUUGAGGUCCAGGAGAUUGAGGGUGGUACUACACUGGCGUUGGCUAGUCCGGAGGAUCGGGAAGAUCCGAGAAGAGGAACGCCGAGGGUUUCGCCAGAGACUGGAUCGGCGAUGUUGGAAUAGAGGAGAGCGUAUUUGCCGUGGUCUAGGUUUCGAUAACUCGUACCGUGUGGACGCGGCUGGACAGAGUGGAGGCUUAUGGUUGUUUUGGCGUUCAUGGAUUGGGAAUGUUACGGUCAUUGAGUCUUCGGACCAGAUUAUCCAAGCGUGUGUGGUCAACGGUGAAGAGAUGUUGAACCUCAUCAUCAUUUACGCAGCUCCCUCGGUUAUUCGAAGAAGUGGGUUGUGGGAGAAGCUAAGAGAGGUGGUCCAGGGAGUGACUGGUCCCGUGCUAGUAGGUGGAGACUUCAACACCAUUGUCCGGUUAGAUGAAAGGUCGGGUGGCAACGGUCGGCUUUCAGCUGACUCCGUGGCGUUUAGCCAAUGGAUGAACGAGCUAUCGCUCAUUGAUUUGAGGUUCAAAGGUAAUGCCUUUACGUGGAAGAGGGGACGAGUGGAGAGAAACAUCGUCAAGAAGAGAUUGGAUAGGGUGCUUUGCUGCACUCAAGCUCGUCUAAAAUGGCAGGAGGCCACAGUUACUCACCUUCCUUUUUUUCUUCUGACCAUGCGCUGCUCUACCUGCAAUUCUGCCGAGUGA